ACAGUGCAGGAAUGGAGAAGGACAGCCCGUCGAUGAAGCAGUGCCGUAGCGCCUUCUCUCGGUUCUACGACCUUCUCUCGGAGUGGAUGUUUCUCGCGAGAGUGGCUCCGCUGAGCACCAGCCAUCUGUUUGAGCGGCACGCCAUGUGUUCCUCGGAUGCGUCCAUGGAAGGCAAGACUGUCAUCAUCACUGGCGCCACGUCAGGCAUCGGCUUGGAGACAGCCAAGGAGCUCGCGCGACGCAAGGCCCGCGUCAUCCUUGCCUGUCGCAACGUGGAGAAGGCCAAAGAGGUUGCCCAGCAGAUCAGUGACGAGACGAACCAGCCGGUCGUGGUCAAAAAGCUUGUGCUGGACUCGUUGGAGUCUGUGAAGGAGUUUUGCGAUGAAAUUAACGAAAGUGAAGAGAGACUCGACGUGCUCAUCAACAACGCUGGCCUGAUAAACAGCUCGGAGGAGUUCACGUACACAAAAGACGGCUUCGAGGCCUGCUUCCAAAUAAAUCACUUAUCUCCGGUGCUGCUGACUCUACUGCUGCUGGACAAACUGCGAAAGAGUGCGCCAAGCCGGAUAGUGAACGUGUCCUCGGACUCGCACACCAUCGGCGACGUGUCGCAGCUGGAGGCCAAGGCGCGAGGAAAAUGCACGCUGCGCACUCCCUUCGCCCCGUACGCCAACAGCAAGCUGGCCAUGUGCCUCUACACGGUCGCACUGGCCGACAAGGUCAAGGACACCGGGGUCACUGUAAACUCCCUUCAUCCAGGCCUUGUGCAGACGCCCAUCGCAAGCCACGGAUCCUUCAUCCGGAGAGUGCUCUUUCAUCUUCUAUCACACACCAAAGGAAAGACACCGCUGCAAGGUGCGCAGACCACAAUCCAGGUGUCGGUGGACCCGGCGUUGGAGACGACCACGGGCGAAUUCUUCGAAGAAUGUGCUCCCGCUGCCAAGCGAUACCGAAACCCGCUGCUCGAGGACCGGGCGCUGGCCGAAGAAGUGUUCGGCACUUCCCUCCGGCUGGUCGGCUUUGACCCGGAUCGCCUCCUAGGAACCCAGUCAUGAGCUCAUCGUCACUCACUCCAACGCACCUUCAAGUGUUUUUUUUUUUUCGUUUUGCAUUUAUAUAAAGAACUCAGCCUCAUUCAUUUAAAGAAUUAUUUAAAAUGC